CUACGAUCGUAUGAGAUCGAAGGAGAGAUUUUGUUACUUUAAUGAUACUGACGAUAUUUGGGAUGAAAUCAAAAAAGAGUUAGAAGGACAUGUUGAAUUAGUGCUUUAUGAAUCUAUUCUUGUUAAUCUUAUUGGAG